UAGGAGAAGAAAAUUCAAGAAAUUUUUCUUGACAGCAUCAUUAGAGAGUAGAAAUCAUGUCUUUUUCCAUGGAUUCACAUGCUAACACUCAAAACCCACAAAGCCAAUCCCAAAAUAAUUAUAAUUAUUAGCACACUUUGACAUAUAUACACACACUAAUCCUUCCUAGCCUCUUCCUCAUCUUCUUGUUCUUGGGUUUCUUGAAAUUUCCAACUUUCCUUUCAGAGCCCAUCUCUCUUUCCCUGUUCUUGAGCUAUUUUCUUGAUCUUGUUUGUUUUGAGAGAAAAGAAAAAGGAAAAAAAAAAAAAAAAGAAAGGGAAAGUUAUGGUGAUGGGGGAUUCAUAUGAUGAAGGGUGUGAUUACCUGUUUAAAGCAGUUCUAAUUGGGGAUUCAGGUGUUGGGAAAUCAAAUCUUCUGUCAAGAUUUUCAAGAGAUGAAUUUAGAUUAGAUUCAAAACCAACUAUUGGGGUGGAAUUUGCUUACAAGAAUAUUAGAGUUGGUGACAAGCUUAUCAAAGCUCAAAUUUGGGACACUGCUGGCCAAGAAAGGUUUAGAGCAAUAACAAGUUCAUAUUAUCGAGGAGCAUUAGGUGCAUUAUUAGUAUACGACGUAACAAGAAGAGCAACAUUUGACAAUGUUGCAAAAUGGUUGCAUGAGAUCAGAGAAUUUGGAAGCUCAGACAUGGUGGUUGUUCUUGUUGGGAAUAAAUCAGAUUUGAGUAAUUCAAGAGAAGUUGGUGAAGAAGAAGCCAAAAAUCUUGCAGAAAAGGAAGGUUUAUGUUUCAUGGAAACAUCAGCUUUGGAGAACAGGAACGUUGAAGAAUCAUUUUUAGAAAUGAUAACCAAAAUCCAUGAAAUUACAACUCAGAAAAGUUUACAAGCUAAAAGGAAUGAAAAUAAUCAUAUUACUAGUAGUGCUCCUAUGGCCCUUCCUAUUGGAAAACAAAUAAUCAAUAUUGAUGAAGUUACUGCUACUAAACAAUCAAGAUGUUGUACUUAGGCAAUUUUGAGAAAUAAAUUUUAGAAUUUUUGUUAAA